AUGAGAUGCACGAGUCUCUACACCGAUAAGUAUGCUGCACUUAGUAAUUAUUUGUGGACUCAUUAUCGCGAAGCGUUGAAAUCUGUUCGGUUGCUGACAGCCGAGCUAGAAACUAUCAAGGCCGAGCUACGCCUUAGCGACAACGACUUCCCUGGAUUCUUUGAUCAGGAACGCAUAUAUCUGGAUGGUCUGAAGCAGCCAGCUCCACGAGAUCGACUCUCUAUACGUUACGUUGAAGUACUAGACGAACUCGCUGAAAGAAGAGCUGAAUGGGAUCUCGCCCGUGAAUCUGGCAAUAACGCUCUUAAUGGAGUACAUAUUGGCAGCUUGGAACAGAUGCAUGACGCCCUGAAGCAAGCUCGCAUCCGAGUUAAUUCUUCAUACGCCAAAUUACAGCAUGCCGAGGGGCUUGUUGCUCAUUGCGAAACACUCUUAUCUGUCGAUGAGAGAUGGUUGAUUGGCGGUGACGAAUACAAACGUUUCAAGGAGGAAGCAACACUCGGCAAGUAUCAUACUGCAUUGGAUGAACUCGAACAUUUGGUCGUCAUGAGAUUGUUUGAACUCUCAAAGCUCUCGUUAUCGGGCACAGGAUACAAACUACGUCAACAGAUUAGUAAAGCUUUACAGCGGCGCUCGGACACUAUUCGCAACGCGAUCAAUCGCUACAAUAUCCAGGCUGCUUCCCUCAUCCCACCGAGACAAACGAUCACAUGGAAAGACAUUGCCGAAUACAGUUUCCUUGGCGAGUUUGACCUUCUGCACAAGGAUUGGGCAAGGCCAGCUCACCGUGAGGCGACUACAAAGUACUUCAAGCUCUGCCGAGCUCGCGAAGAAAUUAUUCGACUCAAUAUUGAAAUUCGCCGGCUCCGAACUGCUAUCCACGAUGAAACCAUUGACACGUCUGCCGUUAUCGACGAACUUCUUGUAGCUAACCCUUUGCUUGCUGCCGAGUUGAAACGCCAGUGGCGCUCACGGGCGGCUAUCAACGCUGUGCACACAUAUCGGUUAGAUCAGAUUGAGAGACUAUUUGGAUUCUCUGGUAUUAGUGGCAUUGGAACUCGCCUUGCGAAUCCUGCGUUCAGCAGACCAGUCAAUACCAACGGUGCUAGUUCCGCACAAGCAGAGAAUCCUGAUUCUUCUGCGUCGGAAUUCCAUGAUAUUGAAGCCCUUGACCGUGAAGAGCACGAAGUGGUCACCGAAGACAUGGCUGAUUUUUGUACUCAAUAA